UUCCAAUUCCAUGAAGAUCUUUUAUUCCCUCAUUAUUUUUUCAAUUCUCAACAAUAUUAAUUGCCAAUUACUACCACCUUUACCAGCACCAAAUUUAACCUUCAUAGACCAAAGUCUAGCUCUAAUAUUCCCAAUAAUACAAAAUUUCAAGAACACAAUUACUCUUGAUCCUUUUGGUGUCACAAAAACUUGGACAGGCCCUAAUAUUUGCAAUUAUAAAGGCUUUUAUUGUGAUAAUCCACCUAAUAAUUCCUCAGCAAUUUCUCUUGCUUCUAUAGAUUUCAAUGGAUUUCAACUUAGUGCACCUACAUUAGAUGGUUUCAUUGAUCAACUCCCUGACUUAGCCAUAUUUCAUGCUAAUACCAACAACUUUUCAGGCAUAAUUUCUUCGAAAAUUUCAAAUCUUCCAUAUCUUUACGAACUUGAUCUUAGUAACAACCAGUUCAUCGGUACAUUUCCCAUGUCAAUUCUCAAUAUCAAGACUCUAACUUUCUUGGAUAUUCGUUACAAUCUCUUGACAGGAAUAAUCCCACCUCAAAUUUUCGUACAAUAUCUUGAUGCAUUCUUUCUUAACAAUAACAAUUUCAUUCAAAAACUUCCAGACAACAUUGGAUCCACCUCUGCUUUUUAUUUAACCUUAGCCAACAACAAAUUCGUUGGUCCAAUCCCACGUAGCAUUGGACAAGCUCCGAAUUUGUUGGAAAUUUUAUUCUUGAACAACUUGCUCACUGGUUGCAUUCCUUAUGAAUUAGGCCUUUUGAAAAAAGCAAUUGUGAUCGACGUUGGAUUUAACACAUUAACUGGUCCAUUACCACGUUCAUUAGGGUGUUUGGAAAGUGUGGAACAAUUGAAUUUUGCUGGAAAUUUGUUAUAUGGACAAGUUCCAGAAGUGAUAUGUUCACUAAAAAAUUUAGUGAAUUUUACUUUGUCAAAUAACUAUUUUACAAAAGUAGGGCCACUAUGUAGGGAAUUGAUCGAAAAUGGAGUUCUUAAUGUUGAAAAAAAUUGUAUUAAUGGUCUUCCUAAUCAGAGAUCAAUAUUGGAGUGUGUAUUAUUUAGGAUGCAAAUUAAAUUGUGUCCAUUACAGAAGAGCUUGAGGAUCAUACCUUGUAAUAUUUCUAAUUUUAGUCCCCAAAGACCACUUAGACCAGAAAGACAUUUGAUUUCAUACUCUGCUUUGUCAAAACAUACAAAAUUGUAUUAAUGAAACCUUUGUUUUAGUGUCUUC